GGGGGUGGUGGUGCUCCGGAAUUGUCCAGCCCGACUAGGGAGAAAUUAAAUAUAAUUGCAUCCAAGCCGAAUGGACGGAAAGGACAUUUAAACCUUGUCCACAGGUGAGAAAUUAUUGUCCUAGAAAAUGCCACUUUACGGUAAAGUUAUAGUUAUCAAGCGUACUGGAGCAGAUGGAUAUAAUUUUCCAUUGACAUCAUCUUCAUGCUUGUUUGGAAGGAAAGCUGAUUGUGACAUCCGUAUCCAAUUGCCUCAUGUCUCAAAAGAACAUUGUAAGCUUGAAGUGAAUGAAAAUAAUGAGAUAAUUUUAACUAAUUUGAGUGAAGUGAAUCAAACUCAUUUGAAUGGCAAAGUUGUACUUCAUUCUGAACGCCUAAAGCAUCUUGACGUGUUCACAGUUAUUGAUCGUUCUUUCAGGUUUGAAUAUCCUUUGGAUUCGGUGCAUAACACUAGCCCAAGAAAAAGACGGAGUUUGUCAAGCCUGAAGAAUGAAACUCUACAAGUUCUUCAUGUUCAACAGGGAGUAGAUGAUGGUUCACAACCUUCUGGCAAGGCUCGUCGGUCUGCAAGUGGACAGAAGCCUGAUAAGCUAGAUGUGGAUAAAAUCUUCAAAGCAGCAACGAAAUCUGCAAAUGCUACGCCAAAUGAAAGGGAUGAUUCACCUCCAAAGCACCUGCGCAAGAGAAGCUCCACAAAAAUUCUUAAUGAUGAACAACUUGCAGAUGAGGAAUAUUUAUCGCCUUUCUCCAAACUUUAUGAAAUAUUCAAGCAGGAGGUCGCAAAACCAAUUCAGAAUAAACCAAAUGAAAUUAAUAUGCAUGUACCAGUUAACGAAAGCAGCACUGACCUGACAAAGCAAACCAGUGUCCCAGGAAAAAAAUCCGAUGCUGCAGUUUCUCAAUAUGUCAAGAAUCCCCGAACAUCUCUGAGCGCCAGACGAAUGUCUGGGAGGAGCAGCAAUAUUACACUCAAAGAGGGCAAGAUUGAAAAAGAUUGUGACUACGAUAAAAUGAACAAUUCAGAUACUCUGUUAAUUGAGGGUAUUGCAACUGCAGACCUUGCAAAACCAACUGCUAACAUAAGCAGCCCAAAGAAAAAUAUUUUAAUGGAAUUAAACAAAUUUACAGAAAAUGCCCCUUCUGAGGCGACAGUUACAUCACCUAGAUUUUCUGAUGUAGGUGUUAAAGGGAAAGAGCAAAAUAACUACCUGUGCUCUAAAUGUACACCAAAAACAAAACAGAAGUGUCAACAUUUCACUGCUCGCAAAUCCUUAACUGUAGGUGAAGUUGUAAAGAAACCGCAAGAGAUUCUUGAGCCUUCAGUGGAAAAAGAACCGAAAACUGUUGAAGUAGAGCAAUCACCAGUUAAUGAUGGCAAGGAAAGGGCUAAAACACCCAAAAAACAUGGCAGAUCAUCUUUACGUAACAAAAAUGCGGAACCUGCAGAUAGUCAGUCAGAGCAGGUGGAAUCCACAAAUGUUUCUGAGCUUUCAGCUGCAAAAUCAGAAGUGAAAGAUGAAUCGGUAGAAAUGGAACAUACAGCAGCUAAUGUAGGCAGAGAACAGGCUGAAACCCCCAAAAAACGUGGCAGAUCAUCUUUACGCAACAAAAGUGCGGAACCUGCAGAUAUUCAGUCAAAGCUGUUGGAAUCCACGAAUGUUUCUGAGCCUUCAGCUGCAAAAUCAGAAGUGAAAGAUAAAUCGGUAGAAAUGGAACAUACAGCAGCUAAUGUAGGCAGAGAACAGGCUGAAACCCCCAAAAAACGUGGCAGAUCAUCUUUACGCAACAAAAGUGCGGAACCUGCAGAUAUUCAGUCAGAGCAGGUGGAAUCCACAAAUGUUUCUGAGCCUUCAGCUGCAAAAUCAGAACUGAAAGAUAAAUCGGUAGAAAUGGAACAUACAGCAGCUAAUGUAGGCAGAGAACAGGCUGAAACCUCAAAAAAACGUGGCAGAUCAUCUUUCCGCAACAAAAGUGCGGAACCUGCAGAUAUUCAGUCAGAGCAGGUGGAAUCCACAAACGUUUCUGAGCUUUCAGCUGCAAAAUCAGAACUAAAAGAUAAAUCGGUAGAAAUGGAACAUACAGCAGCGAAUGUAGGCAGAGAAUGGGCUGAAACCCCCAAAAAACGUGGCAGAUCAUCUUUAUGCAACAAAAAUGCGGAACCUGCAGAUAUUCAGUCAGAGCGGGUGGAAUCCACGAAUGUUUCUGAGCCUUCAGCUGCAAAAUCAGAACUGAAAGAUAAAUCGGUAGAAAUGGAACAUACAGCAGCUAAUGUAGGCAGAGAACAGGCUGAAACCCCAAAAAAACGUGGCAGAUCAUCUUUACGCAACAAAAGUGCAGAACCUGCAGAUAUUCAGUCAGAGCAGGUGGAAUCCACAAAUGUUUCUGAGCCUUCAGCUGCAAGAUCAGAACUGAAAGAUAAAUCGAUAGAAAUGGAACAUACAGCAGCGAAUGUAGGCAGAGAAUGGGCUGAAACCCCCAAAAAACGUGGCAGAUCAUCUUUACGCAACAAAAAUGCGGAACCUGCAGAUAUUCAGUCAGAGCGGGUGGAAUCCACGAAUGUUUCUGAGCCUUCAGCUGCAAAAUCAGAACUGAAAGAUAAAUCGGUAGAAAUGGAACAUACAGCAGCUAAUGUAAGCAGAGAACGGGCUGAAACCCCCAAAAAACGUGGCAGAUCAUCUUUACGCAACAAAAAUGAGGAACCUGCAGAUAUGCAGACUGAAUCUGCAGAGGUUUUGGAGUCUUCAGCUUCAAAGUCACCUGCCCUGGUUAAACAGAAAAGUGGCACCUCUCCAUCUUCAGUCCAUCUGCUUAGGGAAAGUGAUGCUCCAUAUUACCCGACCAAAGCAGAGCGCUUGAAGAGAAAGAGUUGGGCAUCUAAAAGUCCACUAGACUCUAACGGUGAAAAAACUGAGAAAAUAGUUGCUGGGGGAGACCAUAUACAUCCUAUGAAUACAGCUACAGUACAAUUGGAAACGUUUUCAUCUGUAGACAUUGAACUUAAUCACUAUACCAGCAGCAAAGAAUCCACUUCAUCUCCAGCUGUUACCUCCUAUUUAUCAAAAAAGCGCAGAAGUGAAAAUGAAGAAAAUUUUUAUGGCCCAAGUUUUAAGCGAAAGAGAGUUUCUUUUGGUGCAAACCUAAGUCCAGAAGUAUUUGACAAACGCAUGCCACCAAGCUCUCCUCUGCGAAAAGGAGGCACUCCGACCCGAGUAAGCACACCAUUUCGAUGUACUCCACAUACAGUACUGAAACAUGCUUCCAGCAUUGGAAUACACACUUGUACAAUUGAGGAAUUUGGUGAGCUAAAUGAAUAUCAUCCUAGUCCCACGAAGUCAAGUAUCCCUUCAGCAAAGACCUCGCCCAGGCAAACUAAGAAAUCACCUGCCAAAGUUCCUUCACCAGGCAAGAGGUUUUUGUCAACAACUGGCGUAAAUCCACCUGCAACGAGGUCACCUUUGGUUAAGAUGCCAGCAUCAACUAAGGCACCCUCCCUGUUAGAUGUCAAACAGUCACCUGAUGCCAAGACUCCUUUGCCAACAAAAACACCCUCCUUGCCUUCCUCCAAGAGGUCGCCUGCUGCCAGAACUCCUUUGCAAAACAAGACACCCUCAGCCAGCAAGAAGUCAUCUAUUGCCAAGACUUUGCCUACCUUGUCACCCAGCAAAUUGGUGGCCAAUAAAACGCCGAGUCCGAUUGCUGGAGGAUCUUUUGAUUGUUCUCCACGUGUACGUGGGCGUUUCUCCAUCACGCAUGUUGCUACACCUCCCCACUUAACCCGGUCCAAGUCUCCUCGACUUGCACCAGCUCCCCUCAAUUUGGUGCUAUUUGAGCAGCCUCAACAGAACGCCAGUUUAGUGGCAAGUUCCAGGAAAAAACCCUCCAGAAAAAGCACUAGAAGAAGUGGUUCAUUAUUUGCAGCAGUACGUUCCAGAAGGCAGGCAGGGGCUUCAGCUGCUAACCUGUUGGUGACAAAGUCGUGGGCACAGAUAGUGAAGGAAGGAGUGGCAAGACCUCAGUUGCGAUGUGCUAGGAAGAAAUCUGCUGUGGUUCAAAAACGGACAAAGAAUAUAUCUUCGAAAGUGACACCUGCUCGUUCAGUGAAAGGUCACUUUAGUACUGGUCAUGCGGCUUCCCCAGCAACAAUAGUCAUUGGCAAGUCACAAGCUACUACCAUUAGGCCAACUAGACAGGCCCCCCAGGUCAUAAGACCUGUUUCACUGAAACGUAAAGACCAUGAAAUGGAAGAAAGUUUUACAGGUAUAGCUGAAAUGUUCAGCACUCCUAAAAAUGAAAAUGAUAGUGCAUACCCAGUACUCUGCACUUCGAACAUUGUUGAUAAUUCUCAAACUGCUCUGGCCAAUCCAGUAACCCAGAAGUCAUUUGAAGACUCCGUUAUCAAAACGCCUGAAGAAACUGGUGUAAUGACUGUCUCGCCACUAACUACCCCUGGUACAAGAAGUAAUAGAAAAUACAACAAUUCAGUUUCACGGUUACUGAGAUGUAGAGCUGAUUUCUCUGCUAGUUUAAAUGAUCUUUGUGAAAGUGUACCCGAGGUACCAAAAGUAAAAGGCAAGCCAGUGGAAGAUAUGGAUGUUGUAAAAAGAAUCAUGAAGACGCCUAAAGUUAAAGGCAAGCCUGUGGAAGAUAUGGCUGGUGUAAAAAGAAUCAUGAAGACACCCAGAGUAAAAGGCAAGCCGGUAGAAGAUAUGGCUGGUGUAAAAAGAAUCAUGAAGACGCCUAAAGUAAAAGGCAAGCCGGUAGAAGAUAUGGUUGGUGUAAAAAGAAUCAUGAAGACACCUAAAGUAAAAGGCAAGCCAGUGGAAGAUAUGAUUGGUGUAAAACGAAUUAUGAAGACGCCUAAAGUAAAAGGCAAGCCAGUGGAAGAUAUGGUUGGUGUAAAAAGAAUCAUGAAGACUCCUAAAGUAAAAGGCAAGCCAGUGGAAGAUAUGGUUGGUGUAAAAAGAAUCAUGAAGACGCCUAAAGUAAAAAGCAAGCCAGUGGAAGAUUUUACUGGACUACGUAUGCUCAUGGCAGAACCUAAACAAAAAGCAGAAUCUCCUGAGGUUAGUUAUGUUGGAAUUAAAAAUUUGUUUCAUCCAGGAAAGGAGGUGGAAAGCUGUGACUAUAGUGGUUUGAGUGAAAUGUUUUCAACUGCUAUAAAAACUGAAGAAAGUUCAGAUUUCAAGCUGCAACAAAUGUCAAAAACAAGUGCAAGUGAAGAGGAAACAAAUAGACCACCUACACCACUUGAGAAGAUAUAUAGUGAUAGACAGACAAUGGAAACAUCUGAAAAUAAAUUGAGCCACAUUGUAAAACAGCACAAUGAACAGCCAUUGACAACAAAAUACCCUCCCCGAGAAACUGGUGGAAAUUCAAGUUUGCCAUCAGAUGUUCAGGUGACUAGGAAGGGACAAGUUCAAGCCAAAAGUGUAACCUCUCCAUCUUCCAAAGAAGAGUGCAAGCAAAGACCUAAGCAGCCUGAAGCUUCACAAACGGUUCCUGAGGAUAAGCAUGUUGAGUUUUCAAAGAGGGAAAUAACUGAAUCUAAAGAUGAACAAGCUGCAGUGAACAAACUGACCCCAACAACGAGGCAAUCUUUAAAAGAAAGGACUGGUGCCGACGAAUCCCCAACAACAAUAAAUGCCACACCAAACAAGAAUGGAUGUUCAAUUGAAUUUGCAGAGGAAGUAAGCAAAAUGGCUUCAACGAGGAAAUCGUUAACAAGGGAGAAAAUUGAUGAUGAUGUGAAAAUGUCACUUAUGCCUAACAAAACUACAGGCAGGAAAGAAUCUCCCCAUGAACAAAGUGAGGAAGUAAUUGUGUUGAAACCACAGAGAUUGUUGAAAGAAAAGGAUAAAAUUCAAAAGAUUGAAUUGGAAGAAUUGCCUGUCUCAACAAAAGGGAAGAAAAAUUACAAUGUUCAAGAUGCUGAUGUGAAAAUGCCACUUACACCAAACAAAACUACAGGCAAGAGAGAAUCCCAUGAACAGAAUGAAGGAGUAAUUGUGUUGAAGCCACAGACGAGAGGAUCAUUGAAAGAUAAGGGUGAAUUUCAAAACAUUCCCAAUGUUGAAUUGAAAGGAUUGCCUAGCUUAAUAGCAAAGGACACCACAUCAAGUAAGAAUGAAUCUCAAGGUAGAACAAUUGAGGAAAUUAACAAGCUGGUCUCACCCAUAAUUAAACCAUCGAAAGGGAAGAUGAAAGUCCAAAAUGUCCAGAGCAACGAGAUGACAGAAUUAUUCACACUUGGCAAAACUACACCAGACAUGAAAGGAUCUCAAAAUGGGCAGAUUAAUGAAGUAGAUGAAAUUACUUCAGUAAAGGAAUCAUUAGAAGCCAAGAAGGAAGCCCAAAAUAUUCAAGAAGUUGAAGUAAUAAGUCCACCUACUUCAGCAAAGACCUCCACACAAGAUAGGAAACCAAUUCCAGUGGCCCAAAUUGAAGUGGUGCAUACAACUUUAAGAGAGAGACCACAAAGAAGAAAGAAAGAAACUGAAAAUAUCCAAGUUACUGAAGUGAAAAAAUCACCUGCUGUAACAAAGACCUCAAAUGUAACGCAAGAAAAGGAGAACGUUGAAAAUGUUGAAUCAGGGAUAAUGAAAAAUGGAUGUGCAUCACCAAAAACCUGCAUUAAAGACAUAGAAGAGGUUAAAGAUCAUCCAGUUGAAGAUGCAAAAGUACUCACUAGAAUAGGAAGAGCACAGAGAAGAAAGAAUAUAAACAUUGAGGAAACAGAGGCACAUAAACCACCUGGAACAACAAAUGGGUACACAAGGAAGAGACGUGAUCGCUGUGCAUCUGUUGAGAACAUAAAGGAAUCAAUUGGCUCACAAGGUAGUUUAAGAGAUCAGGAAGAGGUUGCUAAAGCAGGAGUAAAUUCUGACCCAGAGCAAUCUGAGAGAAACGGAGUAAAGACUGAAAACGUAAAAAUACUUGCAAAGAAAGACCUGGUUAGCUCUAAAUCUAGAUCCGCACGAGGAAGGAGAGGAAUUAAAGACUUGUUUUUGGAAGAAGUUAGUCAGGAUUCUGUUCCAGCAAAGAGAUUGCGAAAAGAGAAAGAAUUGGAUGAAGCUCCAAGUAAAACUGUAAACUGGGAUUCUAACAUUGCAUCUUCCAAAGUAGCAGACUGUACAGUCGAGACAUUACAAGAGGCACUUAAUAGAACCGAAUUGCCUAUAUUUGAAAAGAGGUCACGAAGAGGAAAAGCUGCAAAAAAGGAAGUAAAUCUGCAAGUUUCACCGGUAUCAAUAGAAACGUCAAGAACAGCAGAAUCUGAGCAUACAAACAGCAAGGGAAUUACUGAUGCAUAUAUACCCCAUGAAUCAGCUGAACAGAAAGGAAGGCCAAAACGGAACAAAACUGAUGUUUCACGUGAAACACAAGCAUUCACUAAAAACGAUAAAUACGAAGAUGCCGAAAAUACCAAUGAAGGAAUACCUGUAAUGAAAAAGACUAAUCAUACUGAAUCAGUCUUAAAACUAUCACCUACACCAAUAAAAAGAUCACUGAGAGGGAAGGGUGGACAGAAAGUAACUCAAAUUAAGGAAGAGCAUGUUAAGGAAUUGCCUUCUAGAAAUUCAAAAAGAAACACAAGAGGGCAGAAAUUAAUGGCAACGACUGGUGAAGAACCACAUGUUUCAGUAAGGGGAGCUUUAGGGAAAGAAGACGAACAUAAAAUGGCCAUGCCUUCAUCAAGGGCAAUGAAGAAAGACAAGCAAACAAAGGAAUUGCUGGUUGAAUGUGAGGCUGUACCAGAACAGCAGCAGUGUGUGGCUACAGUUGAUGCACAAUUGGAUACUGCAAGCAAACAGGUGUUAGUGCAAGAAAUCAAACCAAUUACUCAAAAAGGCAAAAGUAAAGUUUGUCAGCGGGCAAAGGCCUCACCUAAAGGAGCUGUUGCUUGCCUGUCAAAUGUUGACAUUGCUGUCGGAGGAAUGGCUGUGCAAGAGAAGAGAAGACAUUUGAAUGUCUCUGGUAGCAGUGAAGUGGUUGAUUAUUCAGAAAUACCAAGUAACACUCAAGCUAUGAAGCGAACAGGAGAUGCUGAAGUGACGAGCAGUACUAAGAAAAUGGAUGUGACAUCUCAUGAAUAUGAAAUCAAAGAGAACACUCGACCGAAGAGAGGUGUUGGAAAAGGAAGGUCUGCAAAGACUGCAACAGAAAGUGAAAUGGAAAGUUUAGUUAUUGAUACCGCAGAGGAAAUUGCAGAAAGAUUGAAUUUGCCUAAGAGGGCUUCAAAAGCAUCUACUGAGUUUAAAGAUGCUCAGAAAACAAAAUCUGAAGGCAAAAAACUGCCUGAGACAGCUAUUAGUAAAUGCAGUAAAAGGAAAAUUGUAAAGGAAGAUGCUGCAUCCGUUGUGCAAGCAAUUUCAGAGGAAGGGCUACAAAUUGAGAAAGAAGUGGUUGAUCCUGUUAAGGCCCCCAGAAAAGGUGGCCAUGGAAUGGUUAAAAGAAAUACUUCAGCUGUAAUCAAUCAGGAGUUAAACAUGGGUGUAACUGAAAAGAAACAGGUAAUAGUAAGUUCAGCCAACAAAGCUGAAAAGGGCAAGAAAGCCAGAAGAGAACAAAACUGCUCUGACAAGGAAACUGCUAUUACUGAAGUAGAGAAAGGUGAAUUGAUAGAUAAAAAAGGGAGGAGAGCUAAUCUUGAAGCGCGAACAACUGGCGAUGAGAAUAUACAAUCCAGGAAAGUUGAGGUUGAAGAUAAAGGCAAAGAACAAAAGACGAGUUUCCUGCCAGUGGAAUCCUCAAAACCAGCUAGGAGGGCUACAAGGUCUAACAAAUCUUGUGAAGUUGCAACAGCAGAGCCAAUUUCAGUUCAACCACUUGCUAGUGCGUCGCUUAAACCAGCAUCCUCAUGUCCCUCAAAAAGAACCCUCAGAGGAAAGCGUGUUAUUGCAGAAACCUCCGAUCUAUCUCCUAAAAAAUCAAAAAUAGAAAAGGAGACUGGAAAGGUAACGACCCACAGCAGAAAAAUGACGAAAGCAGCUGUGAAUGCAAAAAAGGCACUUCCUGUCACACCACAACCAGCCAAGCCAACUGGGCGUUCUACUAGAUCCCGAAAAUAGAGAACCCUACAUCCAGUCUUUUCUUAUAAGCCAUCUGCAUGUAGAUUGUAGAAAUUGCAUUUCAUUGGCCCUUUUGAUUUUCCUACUUUUUUGUUUGCUUUUGGCAUGGGUGAGCUUAUGACAUACUGUACAAUUUGUUCAGUAAAUUGCUUGUGGCAGUCUGUGGAAAAAGAAUAUAUUAAUGCUGUAUUGGAAUUUUGGUAGAAGGACCAAUGUUUUUGUGAUUUUUUUUAAGUUUAAAAUUUUUAAGUUUAUAGCUGGUGGGGAUAAAUAUGAAGCAAUUAUCAAUUCAUGAGCAAAGUGUUAAUUGUGAAGAUGUAAACUCCAAACUAUGAAAGUCUGGGGUUUUUUUUUUUGCUUCCUUUUAAGUAUCUGCAUCAAGGUUUGGAAUUGUACAUUGAUAGAAAAAAUGCAUUUUUAUACUCUCUAAAUUCUUGUUGCAAGAGAUUUAAAUUUAGCAAUAAAUUUUGUAUAUUGUA